UCUUACAUGUGCAAAAAUCCAGAAACGUAUUUUAACUAUCACUUUUCCACUGUUUGAAAAGAACUCCUCUGAUAAAAUGGACAGUCAACGGAAAGGAGGUUUAUUUGGAACUUAUGGUUCAUCUGAUCCAACACUUAAUGUUCCAGUUACUUCAAGUCCCAAUUCGAUGAUGUCUCCUUAUCUUAAUUUUGACCCAGCAUAUAUUUCUCCGAGUCCUGGUUCAGAGUUUAUCAUGCCAGAAGGAGCCAGUGCUCAUAGAGGAAGAUUUGAACUUGCAUUCUCACAAAUUGGCGGUUCAGUACUUGUUGGUGCUGGAAUUGGUGGAACAAAUGGUGUCCUCAGUGGACUUAGGGCAACGAGAGAACUGGCAGGAGCGGCAAAGCGAACACAGAUGUUGAAUUUCGUCGCCAAACAAGGAGCGUCUUCUGCUCAAUCUUUAGGUGUACUUGCCCUAAUGUACAGUGUAUUCGGUGUUGUGAUAGGCUGGGCUCGAGGUGUUGAAGAUGAACUGAAUACACUCACAGCUGGAACAGCAACAGGACUUCUUUACAAAUCAUCAUCUGGUCUAAAAAAAUGUGCCCGGGGAGGAGCUAUAGGGUUUGGGUUGGCUGCAGCAUACUGUGUAGUGACGAGUGGAGAUAAAGUUAAGGAGUUCAUGUCAAGCAGAUGAGGAAAGAGCUGAGUUAAAAAGACAUUUAUUGAUUGAAUUUCAUCUGGACAUUUUUCAUAAACUGUGAUCAUUGAACUAUUCAUUGGGAACUUUUCCUUCUCAUCGGGAUUAGAUUCUUUUGUGAAGUGGCAGGACUGCCUUUGGUACAGUACAAGGGCAUUUGAAUAUCAGAAAACAUUCAAAUUUUGUUCAUUUUUUGCCCAUGAUAAAGGCUUAGACAUGUAACAACGUUAUAGGUAUGUUUUUAGGAAGCUUUGAUAACGAGAUUGGACACUCCUGCUACAUUUUAGCUGGUUAGCUUUUAAUGUUUGGGCUGCCUGGUCAUCAUGAAUAAGAUGUUGUCGCUUGCAAGGUGUCAACAGCGAGCCAUUUGAAGCACAAUUGUUGACAGAGUUACACAAAUGCUACAUUACAAGAGCAACGGUUCCUUGGAUGCUGACCUGACACAGAUGCAUUGUGCAUGUUGUAUAGAAGAAGGGUAACCUGAUCCUAAGCCAGAGUGGCAAUAUGAGUUGAGGCUGUCAUUCAAUUAUUUUGUGUUGAGCAAUUUCAUUGGCCACCUGUUUAUAAUGUUGGGAUUUAUAUAGCGCAGUAUCCAGGCUGUUCGCCCGCUCAAAGCGCUUUACAUUAUUACCUAGUCUCUCCUGAAAUCUUUCAGGGGAACUCAAGGAGCAACUCAUACAGCGUUCACUUGAUCGUUUCAGACCGGUACCCAUUUAUACUCCUGGGUGGAGAGAGGCAACUGCAGGGUUAAGUGUCUUGCCCAGGGACACUGAAUCAGUAUUGUGGUUCCAACCGAGUCGAACCCACGACCUUUCGGUUAUGAGUCCGGCGCUCUAACCAUUACUCCACUGAUUCCCUUUAUGAGUGUGCGUCUGACAGAUUUCCCGCCCUAUUGAGUCAGCGGUGAAAGGAGGAGACUUUUAGAUUGACAUUCACUGUCGGCAUGUCGGCAUGUCUCACGUAAAUCAUGGAUACUCAAAUCACUGCUCUGUAAUUCAUUUUGUAUGUUUUAUGCCCUUUCUGUACCGUACAUGUUUUAUGAAUCACCUUGUAUAUAGUUGUACCAUUGAGAAAGCAAUGGUAUUAAUACAAAAUAAAU